AUGGCCUCUUUCUUCUCUACACCACUUUGGAGAUCAUCUCCAAUGCAAAUGGUACAAUUAUUUGUACAAAUUGAAGCUGCUCAUGAUACCGUCGACGAAUUGGGUAAAUUGGGUUUAAUUCAAUUCAUUGAUCACAAUGAAAAUGUUAAUGCAUUCCAAAGAUAUUUCGUAAAUGAAGUAAAGAGAUGUGAUGAAAUGGAAAGAAAACUUAAAUAUUUUGAAGAUCAAAUUAAAAAGGAACCAAAGAUUUACAAAAAGUUGGAACAAUUACAACAAGAGCCAACCGAUGUACCAGCCGAAGAAGCCUUGCAAAUGGACGAAUUAGAGACACGUUUUGACGAACUCGAACUCGAACUCAAGCAAGCCAACAACAAUUUGGAAACCCUCCAAAGAAACUACAACGAAUUGAUCCAAUUGCGUUAUGUACUCACCAAGGAUGCCGUCUUUUUCCAAGAGAAUCCAAACUUGGCCGGUCCACAAGGUGAACACUCUGCCAGAAGCCCACUCUUGUCCGAGGAAGCCAUCGUUGACGUUGGCAAGCAAGGUGUCAAGCUCGGUUUCAUUACCGGUGUCAUGAACACUGAAAAGAUGCCAGCUUUCCAACGUUCACUCUGGAGAGCCACCCGUGGUAACAAUUUCGUCAGAGACGCCUUGAUCGAAGAGGAUAUUGUCGACCCACACUCUGGUGAAGAGGUCUGCAAGACUGUAUUUAUCGUAUUCUUCCAAGGUGACCGUCUCCAAACCAAGAUUAAAAAGAUCUGUGAAUCUUUUGGUGCCAACAUUUACGACUGUCCAGACACUUCUUUUGAACGUGCCAACCUCCUCCAAAAGGUUUCCGUCCGUAUCCAAGAUCUCUCUGUCGUUCUCGACCGUUCCAAGGACCACAAGCGUCAAGUCUUGCUCGGCAUUGUCUCGCGUCACUCUCUCUGGACCACCAAGGUUCUCAAGGAAAAGUCCAUCUAUCACACUAUGAAUCUUUUCGACUAUGAUGUCGGUCGUAAGUGUUUGAUUGCCAAGGGUUGGUGUCCAAAGACCUCGACCGAAGCCAUCCAAAUCGCUCUCAAGACUGCCACCACUCGUAGCGGUGCUCUUGUCCCAUCGGUCCUCUCGGUCAUCAAGCCAGAAGGCGAUGCUCCAACCCAUUUUGAGACCAACAAAUACACCAAGUCGUUCCAAGACAUUGUACACGCCUAUGGUAUUGCUCAUUACCGUGAAAUCAAUCCAGCUGUCAUGACUAUUGUCACUUUCCCAUUCCUCUUUGGUGUUAUGUUUGGUGAUGUUGGUCACGGUGUGAUGAUGUUGGCUGCCUCCAUUGCACUCAUCCUACUCGAAAAGAAGUUGGACGGCAAAAAGCUCAACGAAAUCAUCAAGAUGCCAUACGACGGUCGUUAUGUACUCUUCCUCAUGUCUCUCUUUGGUAUCUAUGUCGGUUUCAUCUACAACGAACUCUUUUCCAUCCCAAUGGACAUUUUCGGCUCCAACUAUAAAAACAUCGAUGGCGUCAUGGUCCAAACCGAUGUCAACCGUACCUACCCAUUCGGUGUCGAUCCAGUCUGGAAGGGUGCUCCAAACGAAUUGGACUAUUACAACUCUUUCAAGAUGAAGUUGUCUGUUAUCUUUGGUAUCAUUCAAAUGUCUGUCGGUAUCGUCUUUUCCUUGCUCAACUAUCUCAACCAAAAGGGCAAGAUCAAGUGGAUCAACAUUUUAACUCAAUUUAUUCCACAAGUCAUCUUUUUAUGGUCUAUUUUCGGUUACAUGUGUUUCAUCAUCUUCCUCAAGUGGAUCCACCCAUACCAUCGUCUCGGCACUGAUCCACCAUUUGUUCUCCCACUCAUCAUUGCUAUGUUCCUCCAACCAGGUACCGCCCCAGAACCCCUCCUCUACCAAGGUCAACACACUGUCCAAUUGAUCCUCCUCUUUGCCGCCUUUAUCUCGGUGCCAAUCAUGCUUAUUCCAAAGCCAUUGAUCUUGAAAAAGAUGCACGAGGAUGAAGUCAAGGCCAAGGCUCUUGGUCAAUUCCACGAAGAAGAACAUGACGACGAAGAACUCGUCAUUGGCGGUCACGGUGAUCACUUUGAAUUUGGUGAAGUCUUUGUUCAUCAAGUUAUUCACACUAUCGAAUUCGUACUCGGUGCCAUCUCCAACACUGCCUCUUAUCUCCGUCUUUGGGCUCUUUCUUUGGCUCACUCUGAAUUGUCAACUGUAUUCUGGGAACGUAUCCUCAUUGGUCAGAUCCAAGGUGGUAAUCCAUUCAUGGCUUUCAUUGGUUUUGGCGCUUGGUUGGGUGGAAGUAUCGCAGUUUUGCUUAUUAUGGAAAGUCUUUCAGCUUUUUUGCAUGCAUUGAGAUUGCACUGGGUAGAAUUCCAAAAUAAGUUUUAUAUUGGUGAUGGUAAAUCUUUCUCUCCCUUCUCUUACAAGACUGUUUUGUCUGGUGAUUCUGAUGAAGCUUAA